GACAGCUAAUGGCGGCGGCCGCCUGAGGCAGCGACGGGCGGGCGGAGGCGCGUGGCGGAAGCUUCCGGCCGCCGCUCUCCUCCCGGCUGCGGCUCCCUGGCGGCGGCGCACCAUGGACAGGCCGGUGGCGGCCGCGGCGGCGGCGGCGGCGGCCGGCGGCGAGGGCCCCGGGGGCCCGGGCCUGGGCCUGGGGUCGGCGAGCGGCAGGAGGCCUCCUCGUGCCGCGGGGAGCGCCGCCGCCGGCUCCCGGCAGCCCAACGUGGAGACCCUGGACAGUCCUACAGGGUCACAUGUUGAAUGGUGCAAACAGCUUAUAGCUGCUACAAUUUCUAGUCAGAUUUCAGGUUCAGUGACAUCAGAGAAUGUGUCCAGAGAUUACAAGGUUUUCAGGAGGCCUGAUAUAAGGAAUAUUCAUAAAGCAAGACAAAGAUUGGAGAUACAGGAGGAACACAAUGGCUACCCUUCUGAAGCUGAAGCUGAUCAGGCUCUGAGGGAUGGAAAUAAGCUGGCACAGAUGGAAGAAGCACCACUUUUUCUAGGAGAAUCAAUUAAAGCCAUUGUGAAAGAUGUCAUGUAUAUCUGCCCAUUUAUGGGAGCAGUGAGUGGAACCUUGACAGUGACGGACUUUAAGAUGUACUUCAAAAAUGUAGAGAGGGACCCACACUUCGUCCUUGAUGUUCCCCUUGGAGUGAUCAGCAGAGUUGAGAAGAUUGGAGCACAGAGCCACGGAGACAAUUCUUGUGGUAUAGAGAUUGUGUGCAAGGAUAUGAGGAACUUGCGACUUGCUUAUAAACAGGAGGAACAGCGCAAACUUGGGAUAUUUGAAAAUCUCAAUAAACAUGCAUUUCCUCUUUCUAAUGGGCAGGCACUGUUUGCAUUCAACUAUAAAGAAAAAUUUCCAGUUAAUGGAUGGAAAGUUUAUGAUCCAGUAGCUGAAUAUAAGAGACAGGGCUUGCCAAAUGAGAGUUGGAAAAUAUCCAAAAUAAAUAGUAACUAUGAGUUCUGCGAUACUUACCCUGCUGUCAUUGUUGUGCCAACCAGUGUAAAAGAUGAUGACCUAUCAAAAGUGGCAGCCUUUCGAGCAAAGGGCAGAGUCCCUGUGUUGUCAUGGAUUCAUCCGGAAAGUCAGGCAACGAUUACCCGCUGCAGCCAGCCACUGGUGGGCCCCAGUGAUAAACGCUGCAAAGAGGAUGAAAAGUACUUGCAGACAAUAAUGGAUGCUAAUGCACAGUCACACAAACUUAUCAUCUUUGAUGCCCGACAAAACAGUGUUGCUGAUACCAACAAGGCAAAGGGUGGAGGAUAUGAAAGUGAAAGUGCUUACCCAAACGCAGAACUUGUGUUCCUGGAGAUCCACAACAUUCACGUGAUGAGAGAGUCACUGCGGAAGUUAAAGGAGAUCGUGUACCCUUCCAUUGAUGAGGCUCGGUGGCUGUCCAACGUGGACUCAACACACUGGCUGGAGUAUAUAAGGAUGCUUCUUGCUGGGGCAGUAAGAAUCGCUGAUAAGAUAGAAUCUGGGAAGACCUCUGUGGUGGUGCACUGCAGUGAUGGCUGGGACCGAACAGCCCAGCUCACGUCUCUGGCCAUGCUGAUGUUGGACAGUUACUACCGGACCAUUAAAGGAUUCGAAGCUCUCAUAGAAAAGGAGUGGAUAAGUUUUGGACACAGGUUUGCACUGCGAGUGGGCCACGGUGAUGACAACCAUGCAGAUGCCGACCGAUCACCCAUAUUUCUUCAGUUUAUUGAUUGUGUUUGGCAAAUGACAAGACAGUUUCCUUCAGCAUUUGAGUUUAAUGAACUAUUCUUGAUGACAAUUCUGGAUCACCUUUAUAGCUGUCUCUUUGGGACCUUUCUGUGCAACUGUGAACAAGAGCGAUUCAAAGAGGAUAUAUACUCAAAGACUAUAUCUUUAUGGUCUUGUAUCAAUAGCCAGCUAGAUGAAUUUUCUAAUCCCUUCUUCGUGAAUUAUGAAAACCACGUCUUAUAUCCCGUUGCUAGUCUGAGUCAUUUGGAGUUAUGGGCAAACUAUUACGUACGAUGGAACCCACGGAUGAGACCACAGACGCCGAUCCACCAGAAUCUCAAGGAGCUGCUGGCUGUCAGGGCCGAGCUGCAGAAGCGGGUGGAGGACCUGCAGCAGGAGGUGGCCACACGCACUGUCUCGUCAUCCUCUGAGCGGGGCUCCUCACCCUCGCACUCUGCCACUCCUGUCCAUACCUCAGUCUGACAGGAGAGGCACUGUCUCGGGCCACCCUGCCACUCCACGUCUCCCUGGGGGCCCGGGACCUGCCUGCAGCUAUUAUGGCGAGGCUUCUGAUGUGUCUUCUGACAGGAGGCCCAGGGACCGUCUGUGUGGCCAGGCAACAGCCCCCACCUUGGGCGAGUGCUCUCUGUCUGUGAAUGGCCUGUUACCCUGUGACCCACCCUCCUCCUUCGGACAUCUCAUGCCAUUGCCAUCCAAGGUCACCCUCUGUCAGAAGCAAGUCUCGCCAGCCGCGGGGCUCCUUUAGUGCUUUGCCGCGACUUGAAGACUGAUCUUCAGUGAAGUGUUCCGGAGAAACAGCCAUUGCCAUGCAGUUUCCAGUUUCUGUCAUGCAGGGGUUCUCCUUGCCAGUUCCCACUGUGUACAUAUAAGGUAUUUUUUAAAGAGAAAAACAGGUCUUUAUUUUCCUAUGUCCUUUUUUAUGUUUAGCAUAGUCAUCAACCAGCAAAGGUGUCUGCUUCCUGUUCCGUGAGAGGAAGUCUUUCCGCUCGCCCUGCUGACCUCCGGCACGUGUGAAAUGAGACUUAGGACACCGUCACCUCCGUGCCAGCGUCUCACUGUCCUCAGCCUAGCUCUGGUACUUGCCUCCUGAGGUGGCCCUGUCCACUGGUAGGCGUGCUCAGUGUGGGCCCUGCUGCAGGUAAGCUGAGGCGUGAGCAGCUUUGUGCAGGUGCCUGUCCUAUGCCUGGGCAGAAUGGUGUUUCUCAGUCAUCACAGCCCCUCACCUGGGUGUACCCGCGUGGCUGCCUGUCCCCAUCUCACAGCAGCUGUGGGCCAUGGCAGUGGGAGAGCUCAGCGCGCUCGCCACCUCAGGGCUGCUAGGCUCUGGGUUCUGCACUGCACUGCACUGCCAUGGUCCCUCGAGACUGAAUUUGCAUGCACUCUGGGCCUGUGAGGUUCCCCCUGCCCCCCGCCAUGCCAGGCCCAUCUCUGCAGGUCACUGAAACGCCACCAGGCACAGGGCGAGGUCAGCUGCCUCAAGCUCGCAGGGUCCCGGGACAUGUGUGUCCACGUCACUGCCUCGGUUCAGCUCAGGUUCUGGGUGCCACGCAAAGUCCUACAUGUUAUUUUUGAAAACAGAUGGUUGAGAAAAGUUUUCUGUGUUCAAAUACACAGAGAAUAAAAGUUAUUUCAACUUGGAACCUUCCAAUUCUUACAGAAAAAUCCCCUUGUACAAACUACCAGAAAUAUUUAUUUCAAGGUCACUUGGCAACCUAAAAUCAAUUGUUCCUGUUUAUCAAGUGAGGAUUUGUCUCCGAGCGAGCUGCACUGCAAGGGAUGCUAACUAUGGCUCUGGGUCCGCCCACCCCCGCUGCUCACCGAUUGUUUACGAGAGGCGCCCUUGUUCCACUGCACGCAUCACUUCCUGCUCUGUGCAGUGUGGAUGGGGCGACAGCAUGACAGACCCGAGGCUAAGGGUCGCUCCCUGGCAAGGUGGGCCUGCAGCACGGAUGGGUGAGGCGGCCCCGGGCACCCUGGCCCUAAACUCCCACUUGGUUUGAAGCAGCACAGGAGAACGCUGCCCUCGGUGUAUUCCACGCACAGAACUGUCUCCAGACCAACUGGAAGGCGAGUUUUUUAUCUGAGCUAUUCUCUUAACGUAAAUGUACUAGAAUGUAAAACCUGUACGGCUUGGGGUUUUAAAACUGGUACAAUACGUACUUCCUCAUCUGAUGCACUGUCUUCUGUCUGCAUUAAAAUGAUGUUUGCUCCCUAG